AUGUCGCGCUCUCGUUCGUCUACCAAAGUCUAUGUUGGGGAUCUGCCACGAGAUGCUUCUGAAAAGGAGUUAGCUCGUGUUUUUGAUCGUUAUGGUACUGUGAGGAACGUAUGGGUUGCUCGAAAUCCUCCGGGAUUUGCUUUCAUUGAAUUUGAUGACCCUGCUGAUGCUGAGGAUGCUGUUCGCGAUCUUGACGGAACGGUCAUAUGUGGUGUUCGUGCUCGAGUUGAGUUAAGUAACGGAAGGACUCGCCCAAAACCAUGGAUUCGUGGAGAUCGUGGUCGCGAUUCUGAUCGCCGUGGUGAUAGGCGCGCUCGGCCUUUUGACCCCAAUGACAGAUGCUUCGAAUGUGGUGAACGCGGGCACUACGCCUACGAUUGUCGUCGUCGUAGAUCUUCGAGACGUUCCAGGUAG